AUGAAAAAAAAAAUCCAACCUAAGAUGAAUAUCCUUCGACCAUUAUCUCCUCAUCUUCCUAUUUAUAAGCCACAGCUUACUUCGACGUUUCCAAUUUCCCAUAGAAUCUCCGGAGCUUUCCUAGCCACUAUCCUUUUCUUUUUUUAUCUUCUUUGUCUGAAAAUAGGUUUGAUUUGCUUCACCUAUGAGAAUGUCUGCCAAUUGAUCUUUUAUUCAUCAAAGCUCAUCCUAAUCUCCGUCGAGAUUACUGCCUUAGCCCUGUCCUACCAUAUUUAUAAUGGAGUUCGUCAUUUAUUGACGGAUUUUUCUGGAUUUGGACGAAAAAGAUGGAAAUGA